GUAAUUACUCACUUAAUAUCCGAGGUAAUUUUGUUGUAACUAAUUUAAAUUCGAUAAGAAUAAUUAGAUACUAGAAUUAAUGGGUUUCAUUGCGCAAAAUCACAAGUGAAGUGAUUAUUUACCGAAGAAAAGAAAAACAAAAUAUCACUCAACUCAUUAAUAGUUUCGCCUAGCAGGCAACCUUCUUCAUCAACUAAGACAUAUAUAACAAUAUUAUUUCCAAGCCAGCUCUUUUUUUCUUCUUAAAAUCUAUAGCAAUUAAGAUAGAGCAGCGACCAGUUAACCGAAAUCCAUAUUUAAUUUAGUCCCAACAAAGGAAGAAAAAAAAAUACAAAUUCAGAUUGACUAUUGACAACCAUCUUUCUCUCGGGACAGCUCAGUUCCGAAAUAUGCAGACUCGUGUAGGAUUUGUCCAAAAUUAACAACAUACAUUUGAUGACUGAAAGCAACCAAAUACCCAAUCUUCUUCCCUUUUAUCCAUUUUUUGCUUCUGUUCCAAACUUCUCAUAACCCCGUUAAUUUUCUGUUGUCAAACCUAUCACAAAAUUAGUUUCUCCUCUCCAUUAAGUGUUUUCAAUCAAACUUCCAAAUGGCCUUCAUGGGGUGCAUUGUAUUCUUGACCAUUAUAAUGAAUGGCUUGGAAUCAGCAUUAGGUGGAGGACCACCACAAGUUCCGUGUUUAUUCAUCUUCGGCGACUCACUGGUUGAUUCCGGCAACAACAAUGAUCUGAAUACCUCUUCCAAAGCCAAUCACCCACCUUAUGGUGUUGAUUUCAAACAUGGCCCAACCGGAAGAUUCACCAACGGAAAGACUAUUAUGGAUAUCGUCGGUGAGCUUCUGGGAAUCGAGGAAUAUAUUCCGCCUUUUGCAAAUACCAGCUGUCGGGAUAUUACUAAAGGUGUAAAUUAUGCUUCUGGUGGAGCCGGAAUUCGCGAAGAGACCGGCAAACAGUUGGGAGAUAACAUCAGCUUAGACAAGCAGUUACUGAACCAUAAAACAACAAUUUCACGGAUCAAAUCUUUGAUUCGGAACCAAAGCUCCGCACAAGAUCUCCUAAACAAAUGUUUAUACGCAGUUGACAUUGGCAGCAAUGAUUACAUGAACAACUAUUUCUUACCAAAGCUGUAUACCACCAGCUCCAAAUAUACACCUCAACAGUAUGCUGAUGUCCUUAUUCGGCAGUAUUCACUGCAACUCACGACUUUGUACAAUUAUGGAGCAAGGAAAUUUGCAUUAUUUGGAUUAGGGCCGAGUGGGUGUACCCCAUUCGAGUUAAAUUUGUACCCAACAAACACCUGUGUAAAGGCAGUGAAUGAAGCAGUUCAGCUCUUCAAUGGAAAGCUUUUGAAACUUGUGGACGACCUCAACAAACGACUGCCUCGGGCCAAAUUCAUUUAUUUGAAUGUUUGGGCACUCCAAUCACUCGACCCUGCAUUAAUUGGAAUACAGAUUGUGAAUAUGCCAUGUUGUGAAGUUACCUCAUCAACCGGUCUAUGCAAAAAUGGAAAACAACCCUGCCCAAUGAGGCUGUUCAAUUUGUUUUAUGAUGAUUUCCAUCCCAGUGAGACUGUAAAUAUAUUAACCGCAACAAGAGCAUACAACAUGUUAGUACCAGGGGACGCUUAUCCCACAGAUAUUCGUCAUCUAGUUCAAGAUUCAUAAUGAUAUUGUAAAUAAUUCAUUUAUUGGUUAAUUUGAUGGUGAGCUUUUGUUUCAAAAUUUUGUGAAUAAUCAUUUAAAAACUGUUAAUUCAUCAACUAUCAAACUUUAAAUAUGAC